CUUUUCGUGACUGUCCUUCUCGUCGUUGGGUCUGGAUUAUUCCUGUUUAUAACAUCUCAGCUGAACAACAAGGGACAGAAAGCAUGUCAGGAACCACCUGGGACUGGUGCCUAAAUAUUUGUUAAGGGCAGGAUAGCAGCUAGAGAAACUUGUUGCCCCAUGUUGCAAUCGCGAAGCAUUCACAUUAAACUGGUGAAUCAUUAGCACUGGUGAUGCAUAUUAGAGUUGCAGAGCAGAACCAAUGGAUUCAUGAGCAUAAUGUAUUCUCCCAAGGCGUUUUAGAAGAAAAGACCCAGCAGAGCUGUAGAAAAACCUUUCUUGUAUGUACAGCUUACAACUGAAAUUCAGUCUCAUGAGAAUUUCAAAUUCUAGAAGGAUCAAACUGGAGAGCCAGAACCUUAUCCCUGUAUCCCUGUGAGAGCAACCAAACCUUUGAAUUCUCCUGUAACCUUGCCAGAAAUGGCAAGUGAAGAAGUGACAUACGCAGACCUGAGGUUCAUGACACUGGAAAAAUCCCAGGACCAGAAGCUCCAGACUGCCAGAGCAAAAGAUUCCCCCUGUCCAUCUUCCUGUUGGCGACUGGCUACAGUGGCACUUCUGGUCUUCUGCCUAAGUUCAGUGGCAGCUGUGGGAGUCUUGGCUGCCAGGUUCAUCCUGGUCUGCCACCUUGUAUGUGAAAGGGAUGAAAACUUCACCCUGCAAAAGGCAAUUAUGGAAAGCCUCAACCAGCAGCUGGAGCUCCUCCAGGCUCAGAAUCUGAACCUGACAGAGACUGUAAAGCAACUUGCCACAUUCAAAGGACAUAAAUGUAUUCCUUGUCCUGAGAACUGGCUACAGUAUGGGGAGAGCUGCUACCACUUUUCAAAGCAAUGGAAAACUUGGGAAGAAAGCAAGGCUCAGUGCUCUGCUCUGGAGUCCAGACUUCUUAAGAUAGAGAGUAAGGAAGAGCUGGACUUCGCAAUGCGAUCAGCACAGUCUUACAGUUCUUACUCUUUCUGGAUUGGGCUGUCUCGCAACGGAACUGAGAGGCCCUGGCUGUGGGAGGAUGGAUCAGCUUUCUCCCCUGAUCUGUUUCAGAUCCAACGAGCCAGCUCAAUUUCUUUCCUAGAUUGUGUGUGGCUUCAGGGUGCAAAUAUAGACACUGCACGGUGUGGCGAGUACAAAUUUUACAUUUGUGAGAAAGUGGUAGAUCCUUCAGUGGCUGAGCAAGUGAGCUACUUGGACAGGCACUAAUAUGCAGUGCUCUGCAGAGACCUCCAACGUGGGAUACGCCGUUAUGGGGGCCAGUUCUGUCCCAGGGUUUGUGAUAGGGAAAACAAGUCUAAGCCCAGGUUAAUGUAACAUCAGGGAUAAUCUAAACUUAAUUUGCCCUCUGGUGAUGCAUAUCAGUCAGGCUCCUUGGGCUUUUUCUUCAAAAACUUCAUGCCCUCUUUCCUCUUUCAGUCCUUGCAUUCUUGUGUAAUCAUGACUAUCCACUUCUCAUAAAUUCCUUUCUAAAAGAAAUUAAGUAUAUGAUUCCAGAACUCUAUUUUAAAGAUUCAUACCUGACUCCCAGAAUUACAUCAAUGAUGUAAGAGCAACGCAUCAUGUUGUCAAAAUCCAUCCAUUGGGUAUUCACAGAUGUGAGCUCCCAAUUUACGACAAAUUUCCAAACAUUUGAUUUAAUUUCACUCCCCACCCACUGAUAACUAGAAAGCACAACAGAAUCAGAGCCUGCAUUAAAAGACAAAUAAAAAUAUCUAUAGCUCUCCUGGUUAAAGAGAAAAGCUUUCAAAUGGGAUUGUAUGCCCUAUGGGCUCAAAAACCAGAAAACAAAUACAGAACACAUCUUUAUUGAGGAAAGUCAGCAAAAUUUAACACCCAGGAAUGCAGAAUGCCAGUCCAGCUGCUAGUGGGUUGUUCUGCUGCAUUGGGUGUUAGGAAGGAUGGUGCAUUCCUCUGAGACAUCUGUCUUCAUAAUUAUCCAUGUCACAUCUGAUCCAGUUCUUUGAUUUCUCAAAUUCAUUUUCCAUUCUGUUGCAGAAUUCCACAAAUGGAAUAAAUAUUGCUGCCUCUGA